AUGCAGACUAAUACAAACACAACUUUUAAUUUCACCGAGCUUGCAGAAUGGUAUGAAGCCCACGGAAUGACAUUUUCAUUCGAAGCCUGCGCUUUUGACAUACUUCCCCUCUUCAAGUCUUUCCAAGGAGCAAUCCACUACCUUAUAGAAAGCAUUGGGACCAGCCGAGACAAGUUCAUGGGAGAACUCUUCAAUAUUCUGGUGGAUAAACUAACAUUGUUCGACACAUGCCCAGAUAGGAAACUAAACCCCCGCAUGGAGGAGCUAGUCUACAUGGUUCUACAUAAGGACGUAGAAGAACUAGGCCACUACAUCCUGGCCUUGGAUAGCGAGGAGAAUUUCGACUCUCUUUCCUGCUUGUAUAAGGAGCUGAAAUCUGCGAAGGCUGCGUGCAUAGAAGAAGCCAAGAAGCUAUCAAUGCAUCAUUUCCUAGUAAAAAAGUCGGGGUUAGUGUCGGAGGAUCAAGGCAAUGGUAAUAUUCAGGAAGCGAACCAUAAUUUCAUCGAUAUAUUGGUUAUUUUAAUAAUGAAUAAUCCCAGGAUGAAAUUGCUGAAUAUGAUUCGCAAUGCCAUUGGCCUGGGAAGAAACAGGAAUGAUAGCAACAGCAGCGACUCUUCUCACUCUUCUUACUCUUCUUACUCUUCUCACUCUCCUUACUCUCCUCACGAAUUCCGCUCUUUCCGCUUUCCCGAGGAUGAUCUCCAAACUUCAAGCGAUCUUCCUCCGAGACCCCCUCCUCACGGCGAUCACCUUCAUAUCCACGUUCACCACCAUAGCCACCGUAAAUCUAAACGUAAAUCCAACAAUAAUGACGAUAGUGAUGAUGACACGGAUGGAGAAAACCCUUCUGGAGACUUUUUAAACAACUCAGAGCUUGAAAAUGCUCGCGCUCCGAAUUCUCCCACCCCAGAAAUAGGGCCAAAUGAUGAAUUCCAGGACCCCUCUAAUCGAUCCUCUAGCUUGGAGAGACGUAGAAACGACUUGGAGGAUGGGAAUUCAACUGGUAAUGGCCCAGCCCAAAGACCUACGGGAUCUGCUGAGCUCGCAGGAAGUGAGUCUACUAUGGAGGGAAACUUUAGAGGGAGAAGGUGGAAUGAUGGAGAUCCCUCCAGUAGCAUCUGCACGGAAAUGGAACAUAUGCACAUAUCAGCACUGGAGUCCUCCGAUGGAUUUGGCCUUUCUGAUGCAGAUGAUGAUGCAUCUGAAGAAUUGACUGAAGAAGGAGCAAGGAUGAAAGUGAAGGAGAUAAUAAGAAGAGAGAAAGGGGCAGGCUGUGAAGAAUUGUCCUUUGAUGAAAUGUUAUCGUGUAUUUCCUUCCUGGAUUUACAACUGCAGAAGAAUUUCGAAAUAGCUCAUUCAGCUGUGGGUAAAUCCCUAGCAAAAAUUGAGACAAGUGCGAAUGAACUCCUUUCCAGGUUGAAUAACCCGAAUACUCCGAAGAGUGUAGAUCCAAAGUGCUUCAUCCGAUUCCUGCGUGAGAUGUGCGUGUCUAAAAUCAAGAAGGAGACACGAAAACAUAAUAUUCCCACAGAGUUUGACGAUAGUCUUCCGCCUAUUUUCCACAUAAUCUUAACUAUUCUGCACAGUAAUCCAGACAAUUCUCUGUUCAUCGAUGAUUUCUUUAAGAUACAUAUGCCUCCGAACUAUCCCUCUGUAAAGAAUCAGCCCCAGAGUAGUUUUUUCGAUCUUCUGAGCAAAGGGGAGGAAUUAAACUAUGUCAAAUUCUUGGUAUCUAUGAAGGGGAGGUACGAUAUAGUGCCUAUGCCAUCAACUAUUGCAUGCAGUCAAGACACAGGAAAACCUCGCUUCUACAAUUCAAUCCAUAUGUAUUCGAUGAUACUGUGGAUAAUUAAGAAUUUCCCGAAGCUCCAGAAGGAAGAAGCUGAAAAGAAGAGAAAUAUGCAGGCCUUGGAGGAACGGAAAGAAAGAGAAAAACUUAUGCGAAAAUGGUCUAUUAUGGAGAUAAGUAAAGAAUUAGACGAAAUUUUGCGAAGGCGCCUGGCCCUGAAGGAACAGGAUGAAAGAGAAAAACUUAUGCGAAAAUGGUCUCAUAAGGGGAUGCAUGAAGAAUUAGAAGAAGUUGAUCGUAGGCACCAGAGCUGGAAGGAACGGAAAGAAAGAGAAAAACUUAUGCACAAAUGGUCUUAUAAGACAGAUGAAGAAUUAGAAGAAAUUAUUCGUAUGAACCAGGUUGUGCAGGGUCAUUUGGAAAUUGAAGAAAUUAUGCAAGAUUGGGCUUUUAAGGAGGGAAAUAAAGAAAACGAAGAACUUAGGCGUAGGCAUAAAUUGGUUUCGGGUAAGAAUAAAGAGAGAGAAAGAGAAAGAGAAAAACGCAUGCGAGAAUUGGCCCAGGCUGAGGAGACGUCUUUACUCGACGUAGUAUCGGAUACUAUCGAUUUUUUCACGCCAACAACUCCACAAGGAACGAUGUUGGCAUCUGCGGGAAUGGCAGCAGCUACCAUGGGUUUAUGCCUGUUAGGGGGGCCUCGGAUUCCUAUUCCGAAGUUUUUUUAA